AUGGCCACAUUCAACCUCAGCAGCUACAACCCCAGCUUCUUUAUCCUAGUGGGCAUUCCAGGGCUUGAGAAGUUCCACAUAUGGAUCGCAGUUCCUUUCUGUGCUAUCUACUUUGUGGCCAUUGGGGGUAACUGUAUCCUGCUAUACCUCAUUGCUGUGGAGCGCAGCCUCCAUGAGCCCAUGUUCCUUUUGCUCUCCAUGCUGGCCAAAAUGGACCUCAUUCUGUCAACUACCACUAUUCCUAAACUUCUCAGCAACCUCUGGUUUGGUGACAAGAAAAUCAGUUUUUCAGGCUGCCUUACCCAGAUGUUUUUCCUCCAUUUCAGCUUUGUUGUAGAUUCUGCCAUACUACUGGCCAUGGCAUAUGACCGCUAUGUGGCCAUAUGCUUCCCACUGAGAUAUACCACCAUUCUGACCUACCAGGUCAUCAUCAAGAUUAUGAUGGGAAUCAUCAUCAGGAGCUUCUGUGUCAUCUUGCCAGAUGUUUUCCUGCUAAAGCGACUGCCCUUCUGCCGAACACGUAUCAUCCCCCAUACAUACUGUGAACACAUAGGUGUGGCACGACUUUCCUGUGCUGACAUCUCAAUCAACAUCUGGUAUGGUUUUGCUGUGCCCAUUUUGACUGUGAUUUCUGACAUUGUCCUUAUUGCUGUCUCUUAUACUAUUAUACUGAGGGCUGUCUUCCGCCUUCCUUCUCAUGGUGCCCGCCAGAAGGCUCUUGGAACCUGUGGAUCUCACAUUUGUGUCAUCCUCAUGUUCUAUACUCCAGCCUGCUUCUCUGUCCUUGCUCAUCGCUUUGGACACAAUGUUCCACGUCAUGUUCUCAUUCUAUUUGCCAACUUUUAUGCUGCCAUUCCUCCAGCUCUCAAUCCCAUUGUCUAUGGAGUGAAGACCAAGCAAAUUCGAGAUAAGAUUCUGCUCCUAUUUUCUCCAAAGUGGUCACAGUGA